UUGCGUCCUAGUUCUACAUUUUCAACCCGGAUCGGAAAACGCACUCAAAAAACUUUAAUAAUUAAUAAUUUUAUUUGUGGUAUAGCGUGUGAAUUAAAAAAUAUAUUUAUGUUUAAAUUAAUGUAAAUUCGUGUUUAAAAAAUGGACCCUGUAAAUAUUUGGAAGAAAAUCCUCCUGCAAUGGAUAAAAGAAUGCAAUUUCUUAGAAGUAAAUUUCUAUAGUAUCGAUCAAACUGAAAUAGAACAAUUCUUUAUACAUUUUAAAGAUCGCUGCAAAGACGGCAUUUGCCGAUAUAACAAUUUAUCUUCUUUCUUAAAAGAAGAAUAUCCCUUAUUUGAACCACAUUUAGAUGAUGAGAACACCCUCAGUGCAAGUGAUCACAUUUACGUGUAUUCGCUGCUGUUGCAUUUCUCUUGCGUUCGAUAUUCUGAGCCUUUUUUCCAAGAAAAUUGCAAGAAACUCGAUGAGUUUGCUCAGCAAAAUAUAACAGCAUUCUUUCAGAAACUCCUGAAUGACAGUGACGAAUGUCUGACCAAGGAGACAAUGCGUCAUGUAAUUGCUUCAAUUCACGUCUUCACUCCUCCGACAAACAAUCGUUUUAUCUUCAACAACAUCGACAGUCCGAUAAAGACUCCGAGGAAGAUCACAGACAUUUCACCACCAACUCCAAGGAGUAGUAUGCUUGAGGAGAAGAAUAAGAAAGUCAACAGUCUUCAGGUUCAACUUGAAAACUUUGAAUACGAAAAACUGCUUUUGGAAACUGAUUUAAAGAAACGUCAGGAAAAAAUUGAUAAACUAAAUCUGGAACUCAAGAAAUCACACCAAGAAGUUCAAGCUCUAAAAAAUGAUGUGUUAAGGAGCAGAGAAAGCGACGAUUGUGGAGUAAGACACUCAGGAGAAGAACAGAUACGAAGAUUGAACAAGAAAAUUGCACAAAAAGAACAGGAAAUAGCCCAGCACCGUGAAACUAUCGAAAAUCUCUCUGAAGAAAAGGAGGAUCUAACCGAAAAGUUAAAUAAUGCCGAAAAACAAAUUAAACAACUCCAGAACAAUAUUAUCGAAUUGGCUGAGAAAGUAGAUGAUCUCUCAAUAGAACUUGAGGAAAAAGAAUCAAAAAUCCAAAAUCUAUCGUAUUUAAAUAAUGAAUUGGAACAGAACAUCAAUGAAAUACGCUCGUCUACAGUAAAUUCUCGUCCAGAUCUAAAUAUGUCAUCUGAAUUUCUAGACUUGUCACGGGCUACAAAUAGCUCUGGUAGCUUAAACAGUCCCGAGAACCUUGGCUUAGUUGUUGAUAUAAAAUUGCGUGAAAAAGAACAUGAAAAUGAAAGACUUCUGGAGGAAAUUUCAUCAAUUCGCAAUGACAAUGCAAAAUUAUCCAAAGCUAUGCGUGAACUAACCGAAAGAUAUUCAAAGAUCUUUGAUGUUUGCUUUGACAAUUUAAUAACCCACGAUGAUGAUGAUGAUGGUGAAGAUGGAGGGGAGAGCUGUAAAAAUCCUGGGAAUUAUUUUAUAAUAUUUUCAAAUUGUAUGGAAAGUUUCGCGAGAAGUUUUGACAAGAUCAAAGUUGAAUUGCGGCAGAUCGAAGAACAGAACCUCAAACAGGCAUCAAAACUUGAGGAAAUGCAGAAUCAGAAUACUGAGCAUUUGCAAGAAAUUAAAGACUUGCUUAGUGCCAAUAAUUUGCUGCAGACGACUAAAUCAAGUCUUGAGAAAACAAUGGUCGAACUCGAAAACAAACUUGAAAAUUGCUUAAAGGAGAGAUCUGAGGAAGCAAACAAUGUGAAGAACCUUCAAAAGGAACUGGCAAGUCUUAGAACUGAGAAACUUGAGUCAGAGCAAAGUUUUCAGCAGCAAAUAGAAAAACUUAAUUCGUCUUUAGAGACAAAAGAUAUGCUUCUAGAGAAACUGCAGUUGGAAAAUGACGACAAAGUUGGGCUCCUCAAUAAAAACCAACAGAAAAUCGAAGAGUUUAACCAGGAAAAAAUGUAUUUCGAGACCAAAAUAUUCGACUUGGAAGUAAAAGAAAAUCAAUUGCUAGAGCAGUUGGAACAUGAAAAAUCUCGUCUAAUCAAAUUCGAGUGUGAGUUAGAAAAAUCAAAAAUUGACAGCAACACCGAGUCGGAAAGAAAUAAGCAAGACAGAGUCAUACUAGAGCAAAGAAUUCAAACCUUAACCGAUGAUCAGAGUCUUAAAGCUGCGAUUAUCUCAAAACUUGAAGCUGACAAAGAAUCUCUGACUAAUUCAAUGCAAAAAGAAAUUCAAAGUCUUUCGAAUGUCAUAUGUGACUAUAAACAAAAAUGCGACAGAGAUUCAAGUCAGCUGACUGAAAUAACCAAAAAGAUGCUUCACACCGAAGCUGAACUUAGUUCAAGUCAACAGGAAUUGCAAAAAGUCUCAUCCCAACUUGAGAUUUCAGAAACGGUCUUUAAUAAAGCUACUUCAUAUAUCCUGCAAUGUGUAACAGACUUUGGACCUGAAGCUAAUAACACAAAUUGUGAAUUGGUUUCUUGUAAUUUUAAUGAUAUUAAAGAUUGUAAAUUGAAGGAGCAAGCUAAGAGCCUUGUCGAUGAAUUCACAAGUAUUAAGAAUUCGUGGAAACAAGAAGUAGACAAAAAUAGUUCUUUACGAAAAAAGUUGUCAGAACUCGAAAAUACCACUGAUAAUCUUCAAAAAGAGAAGUUUUCAUUGAAAGAGAGGGUUUCUCAUUUAGAAUCAAAGCUGAGCAAAUCUGAGGCAAACCUGCGAAAUCAAAUUACAACUAUGAAUUCAACUAUUGAAAAACUCGAAUUAGAGGUUUUGAAUAAAACUAAUGAUGAGGCGACGCUUUUGGAAAAACUCAAACAAGCUGAUCAGUUUACUAAUGACCUUAAAGAAAAAAUUAUAAUACUAGAAACCGCUUCAAAGGCAGCAAACGAAAAAAUGGAGAAGUACAGCCAAGAACUAGAAAACACCAAAGUUCAGUUGAGCUUUGAAAUCGCCGACAAAAUUAAAACAAAAGAAGAACUUGAAAAAACCACUGAAAAUAUCAACCAACUUCAAUUGACGAUCAGUUCGUUGGAGACUCAAUUAGAACAAAUGAAAAAUGAUGCUUCUAGGGCCUCUGAAGAGCUUCGUCAAGAAUUGAAUAAAGAAACCACUGAAAAGCAGCAAGUUCAGAAAGAACUUCAAGAGGUACGUCUUCAAUGUGAAAAUCUAGCCACAGAAAAAGUGAAACUGGCAGAAAACUUAAAAGAUAUCAAAUUGCAAACCACUCAAAAUAUCAACCAGCUUGAGUCGACGAUAAAUUGCUUGGAGGCGCAAUUAGAACGAAUGAAAAAUGAUUCUUCUAAAACCUCUGAAGAACUUAGUAAAGAAUUGGAGCAAAGCAAGAAGCAAUUGAAUAACGAAGCUGCAGAAAAGAUUAAAUUGGCAGAAAACUUGGAAGAUAUCAAAUUGCAAACGUCUGAAAAUAUCAAACAGCUUGAAGCGACCAUAAGUUCCUUGGAAGCUCAAUUAGAACGAGUCAAAAAUGAUGCUUCAAAGGCCUCUGAAGAACUUAGUCAAGAAUUGGAGAAAACUAGAAUUGAUUUGAAUAAUGAAGCUACUGAAAAGCAACGAUUGAGGGAAGAACUCCACCAAGUACGUCUGCAAUGUGAAAAUAUACUCACAGAAAAGAAUAAAUUAGCAGAAAACAUGAAGACAAAGGAAGCUGAAAAACUGCGAUUGCAAAAGUUACAAUUUGAAGCUACCCAAAAGCAGCAAGCAGAACUUCAUAGUAUAACAGUCCAGCUCGAAAAAGAAAUUGAUAAAGCUAAGAACUUAGUCGAUGAUCUCGCUCAGACCAGAAUUCAGUUGCAAAAUGAAGUUAAAACCAAACACCAACUCGAGAAAGAUCUCGAAGAAACAAAGAACCGUGUAGAAAAUGAGGUUUCAACAAAACUCGAAAAAGUCCAACUUGAAUUACGGAAUGAAGUUCAAAAGAAAACGAAAAUAACCGAAGAUUUCGAGAGCAUAAAACUUCGAUUGGAAAGUGAAGUGACAGAAAAAAUGCAAAUUCAAGAAAAUCUCCAAGAAACUAAGUCGCAGUUGGAGAAAAAACUUCUAGAGAUUCAAGAAUUGACAGAAGAAUGUGAAAACAUCAAGUUGCAGUUGGAAGAAAAACAUUCAGAAAAUCAAAAACUUACAGAAGAACAUGAAAGCCUCAAGUUGCAGUUGGAAAGAAAACUUGCAGAAAAUCAAGAACUGACAGAAGAAUGUGAAACUAUCAAAUCGCAGUUAGAGAGUAAACUUAUGGAGAAUCAAAAGCUGAUAGAAGAGAGCAUUAAGUUGCAGUUGGAAAGCAAAUUAACUGACACAAGCAAAGCUAAGGAAGAUCUUGAAAUAGCUAACGAGGAACUAAAUGUUCUCCGUUUGAAAGUCAAUGAAUUGGAGAAUAAAUUACAAGAAAAUCUCAAACUUCAAUUGGAAAAUGAAACCCAAAUUAAAGACAAGCUUGAAAAGGCAAACAACGAACUUACGAAGCUUCAGGCUACUAUCGUUACCUUGGAAGCUCAAAAUGAGGCAAUUAAACAAAAAUCUGAAGACUACCAUACAAAAUUGGAAGACACCAAACAAGAACUUAAAAAAGAGGCUACAGCUUUUGAAAAUGCGAAUAAACAGUUGAACAAACUCAAACAUGAGAAAUCAAUUCUUCAGAAUGAGUAUCAAGUUCUAAUCACAGAAGCUGAACAAUCAAGAAUAAAAGUUAAACGAUUGGAAAACGAAGAAAUUCGUCUUCUAGAGGAACUACAAACACUCAAAACCACAAGUGAAUCAGAAAUAAAAAAGUGCAAUAAAGAAGCCUCCGAACAGAAAGAAAAUGUUUCUCGCUUAAUACAAGAAAUAGCAUCAAUUCGCAAGGAGAAAGAACAAGCUGAGGACGAGAAGAAAAUCAUGUCGAAACGCUUGGAAAGCUUGCUCAACGACCAGAAAUUAACCGAAACAAACCAAAGGUCGAUUGAGGAAAGAUUGCAAGUAGCCGAGAAGGAAAUUCUUGUCAAAAUAAAUCUCCUGAAAACCGAACAACUCAAAUGUCAAGAUUUGGAAAAUCAAAUUAAGAAAUCACAACUCGAAAAUGCAAAGCUUCGAGAAACUUGCGAAAGCAAUAUGAAGCGUAUUGAAAAACAAGCUCUAAAAUUGGGUGAUUGUCAAGCAAAUAGUCAGAAAUUUAAAAAAGAAGCCGAAGCUUCUCAAAGUAGCUUAGAGAAUCUCAAAUCCUCAACAGAAAUAACACAGCGUGAGAAUAGCAGACUUGUUCAGGAGAAUAAAUCACUCAAAGAAAAAUGUACAAAAUCCGAAAAGGCCAAAGAUCAACUUGAAUCGAUGACACAAACACUCCAGAGGGAAAUUGAGAAACUCACUGAACAGAAGAAAACCCUAGAAACCUCUGAAAAUAAUUUAAAAGCAUCGAAUAGUACUUUGGAGAAAAUCAAACACAAUUUGGAGGAAAAAGUGCGAAAGUUGGCAAAAUCAUUGGGUGACUUAAAUGUGGCUGUAAGUAGACUCGAGCAAGAUAAGGUUCAGUUGAAUCUGGAAGUUGGUGGUUUGAAUAAACAACUGCAGGAGUAUAAAACACUGCUCGCCAUGAAAGUAUCGGAAAUCGAGGCUCUUACAUCGAAUCUCAUCGAUGCAAAGAACACUUAUUCGCAGCUACUCGAGUUGAAUGAGAAACAUCAAGUCACAGCUAAAGAAAUCGACGAGGAGAAUUCCCGUUUGAAUGAUCAACUUUCAAAACUAACGCUUCGCCUACAAAUCAACCAAGAAGACCACACAUCCACCAAGACCGAAUUAGAAGACCUAAGAUCGGAUAUACAAUUCUCCAAAUUAGAAAGAGAUGCAAUUGAAAAAGACCAUCGAGCCGCUGUUGAACGAUUAAUGGGCAUUGAGGAACUUGUUCAAGAGCGACGGUCAUCCGAAGUUGAGUUUGCUAACACGAUAAAAUCAUUAGAGGCACAAAUUUCCAAACUUUCCACUGAUAAUUUAAAUCUGGAAGAACUGCGAAACAAGUAUAAGCUAGAAAUCGACCAGUUAAAUAAUGAAAUUGCUAUUCUUCGAGCAAAACUUGAGAAAAGCCAGGAGAUGCGCCAAGAACAAAGUUCAACCGAAAUCAAUAGAACAAAAUCUUUAGAAUCGCAAAUUUCAAAACUAUCAAUUGAUAUUUGUAAUUUGGAAGAACUGCGAAGUAAAGAUAAACUUAUGAUCGAUCAAUUGAAUGAAGACAUCAAGAUUUUCACGGCUAAGCUGCUAAAAAGUCGGGGAGUCUGUGAGGAAAAUGAGAAGAAAUGGGCUGACGAAAGGGAUGUGCUAUUGGCUGAGGUGAGAGAGAGCGAGCAGCGUAUUAAGGAUACACGCUUGGAACUCGAAGGCAAAUUGGAGAAAAUGAAAAAUAAAAUGAAAACUUUAUAUAACGAUGAAGUAACAAAAAUGAAAAAGAAACAAGAACGUGAGACGGCUGUUUACAAAACCGAAAUUGAUCAAUUAAAAUCUAAGAAUGAAAAACACGAAGCCCACAUUAAGAAGCUUUCGAGUCAGAUCUUCCGAUUGAACGAGAAUCUCUUGGAAUAUCAAAAGGAAAACACGUUCCUAAAGACCAAAAUCAAUGACCUUGAGAACAAACCACGCCAGUUAAGUCGUGGUCGAUCAACAAGCAGUGUAUCGUCUGCUCCUUCUCAUCAAGUUCUAAGCUCUAACUUGCGCAUGGAAGACGAAGAGGGUGAAAUCUUCAAUAACACCUAUUUGUCGGACUUGAAGGAGGGCAGGAUGUCAGAAUACUUCAAUACCGAAAUUUGUGCACAAGAACUUCAAUAUAGAAAUUCCCUUUUGCCUCCACAUUUAAAAAGUACUUAUUUUGCUCAAUUUGAUCAUCAAAUGGGGGAGGAUGAAAUUCGAGAAACUCCCACAUUGGAUGACAGUUCAAGUACUUUAUUAAACACAGGCCAAAGGAAAAAAGUCUCUGGUGCAACAUCUUACAAACGCCCUGGACCACCAACUCCAAGUAAAAACGCUGGUCGUUUGUCUUUUGGUGGAAUUGGAGAACUUAAUCGGGAAAUAUUAAAAGAAUCAAUUGAUGUUGCUAGUUGUUCAUCGUCCUCAUCGAAAACUCCUGCCAAAUUUAAAUUCUUCUGUUCAAAAUUAAGCAUGAAAGGAGAUGAGCGUAAAAGUUAUGUGACGAACUUCAAAAGAAAACUCCUAAGCGGUGGAGGCGGCAGCGGAGGCGGCUCCACAAUUCAAUGCUCGUCAACGCCACGAAAAAGCAAAGCACAUAUUGAUCAACGUCGUUUGCUUGAUCAAAUAAUGUCCACCGCUAGUCCAUCGGGGCCUGAAUUUUCGCCCGAUUGUAUUGUCAAGCCAGCUGUAAAUCUUCCAUCGUCUCUAAAGAAAUUAGAGUUGAAUCGGAGGAUGUCUUUAUUCAAAUGGCGACAGCCAAAAUUAACCUAUGCUUCGGAUAGUGGUAAUUCCGAUGUCAUGAAUUCACCUCAAAUCAAAAAUAUUAGAUAUGGCAGUGGCAGUGGUAGUGGUAGUGGCUCAAAGAAACGCUCAAAACGUUCCAAAGAUCGACGAGGGUCUAUUUAUUUCCGAGGCUCUAUGUUCGCCAGAAACUGUCGCACUCCUACAACAGGCUUUCGUGAAGUGUUUAAGAAAAAAUCGAAAGUUCAACGCAAUGCUAUUUUCAAUAAAUACCGCCAUGAGGUUUUGAAUGAGAUGCUCAUUAAAAAAGCCUCCCUAUGUCCUGACAAUUGGGACGAAUUCUGCAGCAACAACAACAACGAGGAAUUCUUUUUGAAAGACUUCAAAAUGAAUAAGCAUUCGAAUGAAGAUGAUGGUAAUUCCUGUGGAGAGGAUGACGAAGAUGAUGGAAAUUAUAAUAAAAGCUCAAAGCACUUCCAACAGCUCUUGGAAGCUAAAGAAUCGCAUGCCCCAUUCGAGAUAAGUGAAAUUAACAGCAAUCCAUCGUGUUACAAUAUCAAUAAUUCCUCGAGUAAUGUUCAUUCGCGAACGAUCUACGGCGCAAGCGUGAUUUUGAAUCGUAAAAUUCCAAAUGUCAGUACGACAAUGGUACGCAAGAGUUCGAUUUAUGUUAAAGGAGUCGACGGCAAGAGCGUCAUAUUAGUGACCAACCAGACCAUAACCCUCAAGGAUCUGGCACAGAUGUGGCUUCAGAUGAAUAUCUCGGCGAAAAGUUUUAUUGCCCUAAUUCUAACUGCAACUUUCAUUGGAAUAAUUUCUGUUGUUAUUAAUUUUCUCUAUCGAUAGAAAUGUUAUUAUUUUUUUUUAAUUUAACUAAAGAUAAAUAAAAUUAUUUAUUUGUAAAAUUACCUAUGUAAAAAUGUUAAUAAGUUGUACUUUGAAAAAUAACCAACAAAUACUCUGUAAAAAUUAUUAUUGUAUCGUUUAACAAAAACUGUAAUAUACAAAUUUACAACAUAUAGAUUCUUACAUAAAUUAAAAAAUUGUUAGAAAUCGUCUUUUAUUUUGUGUAAUAAUUUGUUUUAUUGUUAAUUUUGUUUUC